AUUAAAAGUAAUCUUGUUAGAAUUUGUUUGAAGACUAAAGAAGAUAAAUUAAAAUUAUUAUAUGCAAAUGUAGUACCAGUCAUCACUCAAGGGGUAUCAUGUCCCAAGGAAGAACUACUUAGAUAUGUGAACGAUUAUGAUAAAAAUCUCAUUUUAGCAGACGACAAUUCGUUAUCAGACCGUAUAGACAUACUUAUAGGAAACGAUUAUUAUUAUUCUUUUAUGAAUACUAAGAAAAUUGAACUUCAAGAAAAUUUAUAUCUAGUCGAUUCAGAGUUCGGCUGGAUCUUAACAGGGAAACCUGAUCAUGCAACUGAAAAUGACCUGACGGUUUUGACCUACUUUCAGACUUCCUGUGAGAAUAAAUUAACAAAUCCUGACCCUCCUCUAGAUGUAGGAAAUGUAAAGGUUUUAUGGGAACUCGAAUCCAUUGGUAUCACAGAUGCUCCAAAUACCGACAGAGAUGAAGAAGCUAUUAAGAAAUUCAACGAAACCACCACCAUUAUGGACAACCGUUACGUAGUCAGUUGGCCAUGGAACGAAUACCCUCCAAAGUUACCUACAAAUUUCGGUUUAGCCUAUGGUCGCCUAGUGAGUCUAGUGAAAAGGCUAGAAAAAGACGCACUACUCCUUUAUGAACGAACCUUACAAGACCAAUUGGACAAAGAGAUUAUAGAGGUCGUUCCAAAUGACAGACAGGUAGACCAUCCAGUGCAUUUCUUGGCUCACCAUGGGAUUUCAUCUAGUGAAAAGGCUAUGAGAAUUGUAUAUGACGCGUCUGCGAAGGGAAAAGAAAGUAAAAGCCUGAAUGAGUGUUUAUAUCGAGGUCCUAUAAUGCUAGAAGAUCUCACUGGACUCUUGAUCAAGUUCAGAUGUCACCAAAUAGCUUUAACAGCUGAUGUAGAAAAGGCUUUCUUACAAAUUGGACUAAAUGAAAACGACAGGGACGUGACUAGAUUUUUAUGGUUGAAGGACAUCAACAAACCGGUUUCUAUGGAUAAUUUAAUUGCAUAUAGGUUCACACGGGUACCAUUUGGUAUCAUUUCUUCGCCUUAUUUGCUCAACGCUACAAUAAAACACCAUCUAUCCAGAUCUACAUCCGAACAGAUCAAGAAUCUAGCCAACGACAUAUAUGUAGAUAACUUGUUAACGGGAGUAAAUAACAUCAAAGAAGCCACUCAACUAUAUAAUGAUUGUAAAAUGACAUUUAAGCAAAUCUCCAUGAAUAUACGGGAAUGGAAUUCAAACUGUAAAGAAUUAGGAAAGGCCAUACCAGAAAUAAACAACAAAGGAACAGUAAAAACAUUGGGAUUGGACUGGAACUUGUGUGAAGAUACACUUAAAUUAAGAACAAAACCAGCAAACAAUACCUUCACCAAAAGAGGAAUACUGAAAGCCAUAGCUUCUAUUUAUGAUCCGUGUGGGUUGGCAGCGCCUGUCGUCUUACCAGCUAAAUUGCUCUUACAAUCCUUAUGGAUAAAAAAUGUUAAAUGGGACUCUCCCUUAUCAAAAGAAAUUAUUACCGACUGGACAAAUAUAUUAAAGGAUUUAGAAGCAAUAAAAGAAAUAUGUGUACCUAGAAACAUAUCUAAUGAAGAAACGUGUCAAAUACAUUGUUUCACGGAUGCAUCAGUCAAAGCCUAUUCUGCGGUGGUGUAUAUACUGCAAAAGAAUAACCUGAAAUUUAUCAUAGGAAAAACAAGAUUGACUCCCAUAAAAGAUCAAGACAACUUAAAAAUAGCCCGUUUAGAAUUGUUAGGUGCCAUAAUAGGAAACAGACUGAUACAAUAUGUAAUAAAAUACCUCCCAAUUAAAGUGACUAAACAAACAUUAUGGUGCGAUAGUCAGAUAGUUAUCCACUGGUGGCAGUCAAAUAAAUUACUAGCACCAUUUGUUGCGAGGAGAAUAGAAGAAAUAAAAAAGAAUAAAGACUUGGACUUGCGAUAUAUACCCUCGGAAUUAAAUCCGGCUGAUGUGGCAACAAGACCAUUAAAAGAUAAGGAAGAGUUACAGUUUUGGCUAAACGGUCCGGAGUUCCUACUACAAAGUCCAACCAAAUGGCCAAGUAAACAGAUAACUGACAAUUCUUUUUUAGCGCGGGAGGGUCUCUCGAGUAACGCAGAGAGAGGCCCAGAUGAUAUAAUUGAUGAACAGGAGCAAGAUAUUAUAAGUAAAAAUAAUAUACAUAAAGAGAUUUCAGAUAACGACCAGUCACAAAUAAAGUCUUCAGGAGCAGAUAAUAGAAUAGAAUCAGAAAUUCAAGAAAUAAUAAGACUUCAAAAACAACAUUUUCCAGAAGAGUACAAUGGGAAGAAAACUCACUUAGGUCAUAACUUAAGAUUAUUUACCGAUGUGGACGGGGUGAUCAGAUCUGAAGGAAGAUUGACCCAUACAGACUUAUCAUAUGAAACAAAACACCCAAUCCUCUUACCUAAGAAUUGUGAAUUUACUAAUAGAAUAAUAAAACAGACACAUGAAGAAAAUUACCAUGUGGGAGUUCCACACACAUUAAGCAAAAUAAGACAAAAAUUUUGGAUUCCGCAAGGUAGAGCUCAAGUUCAAAAAAUUAUUAAUAAAUGUCCACAAUGUGUUAAAUACGGAGGUGGACCAUACACCUUACCAAAGACUCCUGCGUUACCUCCAGAGAGAAUAAAUUAUGAAACACCCUUUACCUAUGUUGGAGUGGACUAUUUUGGACCAAUGUUUGUAAAAAUGGGAAAUAAUAAAGAAAAGAGAUGGAUCUGUUUACUCACCUGUUUAGUGGUUCGAGCGAUACACCUAGAGGUAGUGAAAGAUAUGUCCACUGAAGAAUGCGCUCUUGCUUUUCGAAGAUUUAUAGCAGAUAGAGGUACGCCUUCGUUAAUCAUAUCAGAUAAUGCUCUUCAGUUCAAAUUACUUUCAGAAGUGAUAAAGGAAGGAAACUUACCCAUACAAUGGAAAUUUAUACCUCAGCUUGCACCCUGGCACGGAGGCGUUUACGAAAGACUGGUGGCUGUGGUAAAGCAUUGUCUUAAACGAACUCUCGAGAAACACCUACUAGGAGAUAAUCAAUUGAUAACGGUAAUAAGAGAAGUCACAGCUAUUGUUAACACCAGGCCUUUGACGUAUGUGGGAAAUGAUUUAGAACAUGUCUUAAAGCCUGCAGAUUUUUUGACUCCCGGAAAAUGUAUCAAUAUUGACAAUAUUACUGAUAACAUUUCAUCAUCUAGUACUUCCACCAAACAGAUAUUAAUAGAGGGUUGGAAAAGAGGAGAGAUGAUAUUAAAGGAAUAUAAAGACAUGUUCGUCAAUCAAUACUUAUUGAGCUUGAGAGAGCGAUAUAAGCAAUCUCCUAAACAAGCGAGAGUUCAAGCUAAAGAUGCGCCACGGGUUGGGGACAUAGUUCAAAUAAAGGGAGAUCAAAAGAAUAGAGGUACUUGGAAAGUAGGUCGAAUAUCAGAAUUAAUAAAAGGAAUAGAUGGGCAGUGUAGAGUGGCUAAGGUAAAAGUAGGCAACACUAUCUUUAUAAGAUCUCUCGCACAUUUGUAUCCUUUAGAGGCAGAAGAUGCCACAGUGUCCGUAGAUCCAGCAAAGGAUAUAUCAAAUGAUCAAAGUUCUAGGGACGAAGAGGAAAUGGAUCUCGAUAUAGAUGUAAAUAUACCUGUUCAUAUAGAUAAUGUGAAACCAAGAGAAAAUAGGUCGACUGAAGAAAUAGUGCAAAAUAACAUAUUAAGUGGUCAGACAUCGGAUAGCGUGGAUAUGGGUUUAGAAGUAGACGGUUCUGAUAAAGUAGAAAUUAUGGAUACCUCAGAAGAUAUGUCAGAGUUAUUAUCAACACAAGGAGAUAUCAAUGAGGAAGUACAGAACACAGAAGAUAGCAUGGUGUCGGGGAUGCCUAGUAACGAGAGACAAAAGAGAGCAGCAGCGGUCCAAGCAAUGGAGAAGAUCAAACAAUGGUCUCGCCACCUGUUGCUCACACUAACUUCUCUUCAGUGAACUUCCUUCGCCGGGUGUGUCGCGACGUUUCGCGAGUUACCUGGCAACACUACCAAUUGAACGAAACAACCUCCAUUCAAACUGGACUUGACAUAUCAACCACGCUGACCUGGCGUACCAUCAGCGGAGACAACGGUUAGAGGAGGGCUCUGACAGCUCUCCACAUAUGCCGUGUAGCUACUGCCAACCACAGGUAUGAAUCAAUCGUUUACUUGACUGACGUUCAUACUGAGAGAUUCAUAAUAAUAGUAUUAUAGUAGAUAUAACCUUUGGAGAUGAAUUCAGGCAAUGUUUAAUUU